AAAGGUUCUCUGCAGAUCCCAGUGCGGCGAGAUAACCCUAAACCGGCUGCUGUUGAGCGCCCGCUCGCUCCGCUCCACCUCUCGCUCCACCUCUCGCUCCACCUCUCGCUCCACCUCUCGCUCCACCCACCCUGCCUGCCGCUCGAGUGACCGGGACACGCGACUCGUGGCGGACACCGAAGUCUGCGGACCCCGCUGCGUGCAGAGAAAACGGGAGACGGCGAGGGUGGGGCAAGGGAGACGUCUCGAGGAGCCCACGACUACCAACCACCACGACCACCACGACCACCACCAGCAGCAGCAGCACCACCACGACCACCAGCGCCAUGGUCCUUCCAGCCCUGAGCGCCGAGCCGACGUUCAAGAAGCUGUGCGAGUGGCACGCGGCAAACGCCUCCGCCCUGCACAUGCGCUCGCUCUUUCACGACGACCCCAAGCGCUUCGACAAGUUCAGCACGGUGCUGAAGACCGAGGAUGGGGAGCUCCUCUUUGACUACUCUAAGAACCUCAUCAAUGAAGAGGUGAUGAAGAUGCUCGUGGAUAUGGCGAAGGCACGUGGCGUGGAGAAGGCCCGUCAGCAGAUGUUCUCUGGCGAGAAAAUCAACUUCACCGAGCACCGUGCGGUGCUGCACGUGGCGCUGAGGAACCGCUCGGGGCAGCCGGUGAUGCUGGAGGGGAAGGACGUGAUGCCCGGAGUGACGGCCGUGCUCGAGAAGAUGAAGGCCUUCUGCCACCGCGUGCGCUCUGGCGAGUGGCUGGGCUACACAGGGAAGCCCAUGACUCACGUGGUGAACAUUGGCAUCGGAGGAUCGGACCUGGGCCCCCUGAUGGUGACGGAGGCCCUGAAGCCCUACUCCGUGGGGGGUCCCAGCGUCUCGUUCAUCUCCAAUAUCGACGGCACGCACCUCGCCAAGACGCUGGCCGGCCUGCACCCCGACACCACCCUGUUCAUCAUCGCCUCCAAGACGUUCACCACGCAGGAGACCAUCACCAACGCUGAGUCGGCAAAAGCCUGGUUCCUGGAGAAAGCAAAAGAUGCUUCCGCUGUCGCCAAGCAUUUCGUGGCACUCUCCACGAACGGGCCCAAGGUGCAGGCGUUUGGGAUCGACACGGCCAACAUGUUUGAGUUCUGGGACUGGGUGGGCGGGCGAUACUCACUGUGGUCAGCCAUCGGUCUCUCCAUCGCUCUGCACAUCGGCUUCGACAACUUCGAGAGGCUGCUGGCUGGUGCCCACUGGCUGGACAAGCACUUCCAGGAGGCUCCGCUGGAGCGCAACGUGCCAGUGCUGCUGGCACUGCUUGGCACGUGGUAUAGCAACGUGUACCGCGCCGAGACCCACGCCAUCCUGCCCUACGACCAGUACAUGCACCGCUUCACUGCCUACUUCCAGCAGGGGGACAUGGAGUCGAACGGGAAGUCGGUGACGCGCUCCGGCAAGAACGUGGACUACCACACGGGGCCCAUCGUGUGGGGAGAGCCGGGGACCAACGGGCAGCACGCCUUCUACCAGCUCAUACACCAGGGAACGCGCCUCGUGCCGUGCGACUUCCUCAUCCCGGCUCAAACCCAGAACCCGGUCCGCGGCGGUCUCCACCACACGGUCCUCAUCGCUAACUUCCUGGCCCAGACCGAGGCGCUGAUGAGGGGGAAGACUUCAGCCGAGGCCAAGGCUGAACUCGAGGCCUCGGGCCUUACUGGCGAGGCUCUCCACAACAUUCUUCCUCACAAGGUGUUCGUGGGAAACUGCCCGACUAAUUCCAUCGUGUUCUCUAAGCUCACCCCAUACAUGCUGGGUGUCCUCAUUGCCAUGUAUGAGCACAAGAUCUUCGUUCAAGGCAUCAUCUGGGACAUCAACAGCUUCGAUCAGUGGGGGGUGGAGCUGGGGAAGCCGCUGGCCAAGGUGAUCGAGCCGGAGCUGACGACGGCCCAGCCGGCCACGGGUCACGACUCCUCCACCAACGGCCUCAUCAACUUCAUCAAGGCCCACCGCAAAUGAGCGGCUCCCAGCGGCUCCGUGGGAAUUGGAUGGGCGGG